CUUUCUUUCCGUAUUCACCUUCGCUAAUUAUUUUGCAGCUUCUGCUAUGCAUGUAAUCUGGGUCACGUGUGGCUGGGUCAGUUGAACAGCCGAACGUCAUCCGCCGCUUGACCAGCUACGAAUGCUUGUUUGACCAAGUUCUUGUUCGCACAUCAAUUUACCGCUUCGCCAAGUUCGACCCUACAUCCAUUCCUUUGUACACCGACAGCGAUACCUAGAAAAUGGAACCAUCAGAGAUUGCGGGGUUCCCGCCUACCAGCAUUAGAGAGAUCGCCGGUGAGGUCUCAGCACUGUUAAAGGAGCAAGGGGCGACUGUCUCAGUUGCGGAAACGGCGGCCGGAGGUCUCAUAUCUUCAACUUUGCUGGCGACACCAGGAGCAAGUGGGUUCUACCGGGGAGGCGUGACGGUGUACACCCUGGAGUCCCGCAUCGCAUUCGGUGGUUGGACUGAAGAGCAUAUUAAGAACUACAAAGGGCCUACCCCCGAGAUAGUAGCCGGGUUGGCAGAGAAUGUGCGCACUAAGCUUAGCUCAACCUUUGCUAUCAGUGAGAGUGGCACUGCUGGACCCACUGGUGGGACUACGAGAAACAGGACCCCUGGUUAUGUUGCUCUGGCCGUUAGCUCAAAGGCUGGAACUGUUACGCGAGAGGUUGAGACAGGACUGGGCACCGACAGAGAAGCAAACAUGGUUGCAUUUGCGAUCGAGGCUUUGAAGCUGCUUAGGGAUUGUCUCACUGGUCGUGUUCAGGCUGAGCUGUAAUUUCACAUGGCUUUUCAUGGAACGGACUGGACCUUUGGUUUGACGUCUGAUAAGAAAAU